CUAGAGACUGAGCUCCAGUAGCCCGUGUGGUCUCCGGAGGGGAGAGACAUGCCUCCUCCUCGCGCAGCCUCGCGCCCCUCUCUAUCCAUGGCGCAUCUCCAGCUCUGAAUCCACUUCGGCUCUGGACACACCGGCGGCAGCGCUCGAUCCAAACAUAAACACACACACACACACACACACACACACACACACACACACACACACACACACACACACACUAGAGGAGGACUAGACCGGCCGAAGAAAUCCGAUCGAGUGCGUUGAUGCGUGAAGGAUGUAGAGCCAGAGGGGGGCAGGAUGGAGUGCUCCUGGAAGACGGUGCUGCUGCUGGUGUGUGCGUCUCUUGGGGUCCAGUACACGGCCAUCCGGACCCUGAGGGACUCUCUGUCUGGGCCCUGUCAGGGAACCUACCGCUGCCAGACCAGACACCACAGAGACUCCAGAUGGAGAGCCUUGUGUGAUGACAGUUGGAUGCCAGUUGAGUCGCCUCGGAAGCACAUCCUGCUGUUUGCCACCACGCGCAGCGGCUCCUCCUUCACCGGGCAGCUCCUCAACCAACACCCAGGGAUCUUCUAUGUGUUUGAACCUCUCUACCAUGUCCAGCAGGCCUUCACCAACUCCAGCAGCAGGUUGCGUCGCACCCUGGACCGCCGGGCCCUACUGGGAGCGUACAGAGACCUCCUCCUCAAUCUGUACACCUGUGAUCUUCACUUCAUGGAGAACUACAUCCGCCCGGAGCCCCGGGACCACGUCACAAGCUCCUACUUCCGCCGAAGCUCCAGCCACGCGCUCUGUUCCCCUCCCGUGUGCUCGGAAGGAGGGGACGUAGCGGCCUCUGAUCUGCCCGAUGAAACGUGGUGUCCUAAGAAGUGCGGGGCCCUAAACCUUACCCUAGCCUCCAUGUCAUGUCUGUCAAGGGAACACGUAGCCAUAAAGACUGUGCGGGUCCCUGAGGUGGGAGACCUGCGCACCUUGACAGAAGAUCCACGCCUGGACCUGAAGAUCAUCCACCUGGUGAGAGACCCCAGAGCCGUCCUCGCCUCACGCAUGAUGGCGUUUUCAGAUCAAUUCCGCGCUUGGAAGAUAUGGAACGCGACCGGGCGGCAGCCUCGAUACGUGGACCUGACGCAGAUCACCAGCACCUGCAAGGACAUGGCUGCCUCCGCAGAAACAGGCCUGCAAAGACCGGCAUGGCUGCGGGGACGCUACCUGCUGGUGCGGUACGAGGACCUGGCGUUCAAUCCGAAGGACAAGGCCACUGAGAUCUACAGGUUUGUGGGGCUGGAGAUGGAGGACAGGGUGCGGCUGUGGAUUGCAAAGAACACCAACAGUAAUGGGUCGUCUCCGUCAGAGUGGAACUACAGGUACUCCACCACCAGAGACUCCAGGGCGACAGCAGAGAGCUGGAGGCUUCGUCUGGGCUUUGACAUCGUGAGGACUGUGCAGAAUCUGUGCAACGACACUCUGGCCCUGCUGGGAUACAAGCAGGUUCACUCUGCAGCUGAACUCCGAAACUUGUCUCACAGUUUAGUGGAACACAGGACCUUUCAACCAGUCACAUGGUAGAAAAAAACGUUACUGUUUAUUUCUUUAUUUCAGCUGACUUUCCUCUCUGUCAUGAUGCUGAUAACAUGAAUGUAAUUUAUCUUAUUUUUCAAUAACGCCUAAACUGAUAUCACUUUUUAUGGUUUUGUUAAAGAUAUUAAAAGUGCCAAAUGUCAAGCGUGUGUGAUGCUGGAAAAAGUAUUGAUCCAGAAUUAAGUCCAUACUGCUGUAUGUGUUGAUUGAAAAUUCUUCUUGAAUUCAAUUUCAAUUUCAAUUUUUUUGAAUUCUUCAAUGAAUUGAAUUUUAGUAUUUAAACAGGGGGGGAAAGACAGUCGAAAGAGCCCAGGUACCAUUUCAGAGUAAAUCUGACCCUAAAUCAGACACACAGGAAGGGGGAUGUAUUUGUCAAAUAAAUAAAUAAAUUAUAGGGCUUGCCUUCCAAGUAUCUCUAAUGCAUUUUUGGAAAAGGAUUAAAAUGUCACGUUGUAGGAAGAAUAUCUUCUGCAGAGCACUGCAGCUCUAAUUUCUAUGUGAAGAUGGGUCUCAUAGAACCAAGGUUUUUUUUUUUGUAAAUACUGAUUAACUGUUGCAAUGCAAGUGUGCAAAUGUUAUGUGCUGGAUGUGUUUGAACAUUUUAUUGUCACUGUAACAAUACUGUUUAUAUUUUCUAGACUUUUUCAAAUAAAUUAUUAAUAUGUAAGUAUUUGUCACGCUGCUGAAAUCUUGAAACCGCAUUUGUUUGAUGUGUUUUCUUCAAAUCUGAGACAAAAGCGGAUUCGAGUUUUGGUGCUGAAAACCGAGAACGGUACAAAAUCCAUUGUCUUUUAUCUUGAAAUCCCUCUGUAUUUGGCUUGUCUU